GGAAGUAGACAAAGGCGCCACAUAUACUAAGCCCACAGGGUUACGCAAAAUAAAGAAUAUAUUAAACUGCUUUUUUUGUGUUGUUCAGUGCCUUCUUCUCCGUUCCUUUUUCCUUUCUAUCAUCAGCUGUGUACAAGCUACCUUAUCCUGGCUAAAUAUCCCCCUUUGCAACUAUACCCUUUGAAUCUCUCCAAUAUCCCACUUCCUUCCCUUCAAAUUAACACAUUAUUACUAUGGCAUCCAAAUGGGUAACCAACGAUACGAUUACCUUUAUAAAAACCGUGGUCGACUUUCUUGAGAAGACGGCCGAUGAUUAUAAGCAAGUGAUACCCGAGGCUGUCGGUUUUGAACGAGAAUGCAGACACGUCUACGAUAUCCUCAAUCCUAUUUUGACCGAAGAUCCCGACUUUAACUCGUACCUUCACAAGUACAUCACUGGUGGUAUGAGCGAUCGAACACGACACCAAGGACAACAGGCCAUCCUCAAAGAGAUUGUCCGCACGCUCUACCUGGCAGAAAAGAAAAUCAACCAGUAUCUCACCCAAAACGCUCAGCAAAACAAAACAAUUUUACAAAAGAUCCAAUGGUUUGUCAAGAGAACGUACACUGCGCAGGAAUACCGAGCCUAUUUCAAAGGGGAGAAUGAGGGCAUCCGCAAAUUGAUGAAUGACCUUAUCACAACGCGCAACCUCGCAGCCGGUGCUGGUAUAGUGACCGUGAACAGGUUCGAGCAGGAUAUGCCCAAGGAAGGUUUCAAUUUCUGGAUCAAAUACAUCGGCAAAGAUAUCGUGACUCCCUGGGAAAGAUUCAGCGAAGCUUACACUUUGCUGUAUGGGGACAUGGAGCCAAAUGAACUGCAAUAUGUUCGCAAGCUUCUUUGCUCGAGUGGUGGCAGCUCGAUCACGGUGUUUGGCUACAUUGGGUUGAUCCGCAAGCAUAGCUUCCCCUUUGAAAACGUUGGAACUGAUUUACCACCAGUGGAAAAGACCUUGUCCGAGGAGAGUCGAAUGGAGAUUGCUAAAAUGGUCAUGCAACUUGUCUCGGAAUUUGCUUCGGAAGAAAUGAAGGGCUAUCUCACUGCAAUGUAUACUUGGUACGAUGGCAUCCCCCGCAACGACGAAAAGGCUCUUCAGGAACGAGCUAACGAGUGGGCUAGACUAAAGAACGAACUGCGGCGCGUUGAAGUUCCGACAGCGGAACAUGAGAAAGCAGACAAGUUGGAUGGUGCCAGACGUGCCAUAUCGUUCUUCUACCAGCGGUACAUGGUGAUGUGGCGAAUCGGUAAACUGUCUCGAGAAGCGUUCAGUGGUGUUGAUUUUCCAGGAAAGGCUCGUAUUAGAGACUUUAUCAGAUACGUCCAACCAUUGGAUAAAGCAAACUAUCUCAUCAGCAUGAAGAAGGAUGAGAGUACCUGGAAGCAGAAGAAGCCGCAAGUGUACCAGUUCUUGGAGCAACUGCUUGUUGAUGAAUCAAAGAAAGAUGUAGUUCCAAAACCCUUGUUACCUAAGAAGGAGAAACAACAAGUCAGCAAUACAGUUAUAUAUGAAGAGACCAAGACUCUAGACGAAAAAAAACUUCCCGAAAUCAUUCAGCUACCUCCCGGUAGAGGACCAUCCCUAACAAUAAAACAAGUAUUGGAGUCAGCGGAGCGACAGCAGGAGCCUGCUGCCGUAUCAGUCCAUUAGAGGAAGAAUGAUUUGCCGUUACAUCAUUGUUUAAAAAGCAGGCAAUCGUGUAGCUCCUGAAGCAUAAGAAAAACCAUCUCACAGCAUCAAUAAUAAAGUAACUACAUAUUCAUUACUACUUCACCGAAGAAACUAAGGUGUACUUAUGUCAAUAUAAUAUAACAAUGACG